AAAAAGAAAAAAAAAAAAGAAAAAUUCAGGUAUCGGGAAAUUGUAUUCCGCUCAUAAUCACGGUGAUCUCUUCCGGCUCCCUCGUUUCUCUCCGCCUCGUCACGGGAACCCUAAAGCCUCCACCUUUGUCCAAUUCUUCAGCCAUGGAUGUCCGCCGUGUCGGCUGGCUAUGCGCCCUGUUCCUGGCGUCAACGUACUGUCUGCAAGCUAGGGGGGAGAGCAGUGGAUCGGUCGUUUUCCUCGAUGGGUCUUCACAGAAAUAUAUCAGGGCGAGUGGGCAGGAGGUCACAGGGAAGGUGAACUCACUCUCUAUGCAUGAAGUUGCUGCGACCCUUUCAGUCUUACUUGGUUUUGCACCAUCUUCCUCACUUCUCCCUGAUUCUGCAGAUGAGAUAAAUAAGAUUCUACUUCCCAAUCCAUUUGACCGACCUCAUGCUAUUUACAUGAUGCAAAUUAGUGGAAUUGAAGAACCAUUGAAGUCUGCUGGAUAUAUGAACAACCAAAAUGGAAAUGUUUUCACAAGUAGGAUUUCUGGUUCAAGCAAGGUUACACUAGAACUUCCAGCUAUUUUAGGUGAAGAUGAAGUUUCAGUUGUUCCUCUGAAUGAUCCUCUGGAUCCUGAAUGUGAUGCUGCUUGUCUUGAUAAGGAACUCGCUAAACUCGCAACUUGGAUGGGAGGAUCAUAUGUUGGCACCAUACUAUCACUAGACGGAAAGAUCCUUGUACCUUUAUCCAGUAGUAGAACUUUAAGUCUGUAUGUUUCGAAGAAAGCAGACUUUCAGUUUGCAGUCAACCUUGUUUCUUUGAUUAGAAACGUUAAGAAGGCCAUGGAGAUUCAUGAGGAUUUAUCAGGAAGCACUGUUAAACUUUCAGAAAUCGUGAUGGGACACUUCACUGGAAUUGAGGCUCUUAGAGAGGAAUACGGUUGGGGGAAAAUUACUCAACAGGGUGUGGAACUGCUUCACCUAACACUUCUAAAGUUGUUUGACAUGUUACAAGUGUGCUAUGAAGGGAAGAUUGUUGGGGUUAUCAUCUCAAACAAUGGCCCUUCUUCAGAGUCGGGGAUGUUGUUGGAUAUGACCCAUGGCCUACGAAUUUCAAGAUUGUUAGAAGAAGCAGGGUCAACUAAUUCAGUUGACUCAGCGGUGCUGCUGGUCAGGCGUAGCUUGGCCUGGAUAACUGGAAUUAUCCUACUUGUGUCGACUCUCAUUGGGGUCUACUUAUUACUGAACAUGCCACUCGUAAGGGACACUCUUCUUUACUCCAAUAUCAAGUUAGAUUGAUCACGACGGCACCCAUCUUUCUUCAAGCAUCUUGUAGAAGUGUUUAAACAUUUUCAACAGAUAAGAUAUCCUGGAAGGGCCUUAUUUCCGGAGUUGGAUUUUUCACUCUAUCCAAUUGAUUAUAUGUAUUGUUCCCCCUAUUCGUUCAUGGGCUGUGUAUUUAAGUGUAUCCGAUUUUGCAUCGGUAAUAAUGAGAAAUACAACAUUAAUGUUUUUUUGCAUUGUAUAAUCAGACAAGUUCUUCCACCC